AUGCAUAUCCCUUAUUCUCACCAAAAACCCAACUUCGAACUGCCGCACCGUUGCAAUCUACCUCUGCCGACAUCCUACAUCGCCAGCUUAUUUAUACUUACGUAUAUAUAUUUAGUCGAUGAUCUUUUUUUUCUCUUCUCCCGUUAGUACUUAUUGAGAAAAAAAAUAAUAAUUAUAAUGUUCUUCUUGUUUCAGUAUUGAUAGCAUUUUCCUGUUCACCGCCGUUGUUUCAUCCGAUUUGAAAGUUAUAGCUUUUUGACUUUCACGCUGGCGCCUUACUAGAUAUACAUAUACAUAGUACAUACAUACUAUACCCGCUUAGGUAUAUAUACUGUACGAUGUCGUCGCAUACCUUUGAGCAAUUCGUGAGAUUCACGACCGAUGCGGCCGGCCUAGAGCGAACAUUCCGCCUCUUCCAAGCCACGGCGCAGAUCCUCUCCUCGUACACCCUCCCCUUCAACAUCCUCCUCCUCCUCCUCUCGUUCCUCCCUUCCACCAGCCCUGCUUCUACUCCCACGUACCCCGACGCCGCGACGACGCACGCCGUCCUCGUGGGCCUGCGCACCAGGUUCAACCUCGCGAGGCGAUAUUUCCGCCUCUUCCGGUUCCUAGAGUCCUUCCACGCUGCGCAGAAGCUGUACGCCUCUAUCAGCUCUGGCCCUACUGCUAGAGGUGGUAGUCGAUGGGGUGAUGCGCCGCUCUGGAUCGAUGUCUUCGGCCGCUCCUUCAACGGCAUGUAUCUCCUCCUCGAGGCCUCUACGAUCCUCGACGUGCAGCGCAUCGACGGACUCGCUGUCUGGGGCCCUGAAUUAGAGCCCCUGGUCGCUGUUGAGGGCCAGCGGUUCUGGUUGUUCUCGCUUGUGUGCGGCGUUUUGGCGGGCUUGCUUCGGAUCGCUGAUCUUGUUGUGCCUUAUGUGCCUGCGAAGCAAGUCGCUGUUGUUGGCAAAGAGGGCGAGAGUGUGCAUGAGAAGGGCGAGAGUGUGCGUGAGAAGGGCGAGAUUGUGCGUGAGAAGGGCGAGAUUGUGCGUGAGAAGAGUGAGGAUGAGAAAGCUGGUGGUAGCGAUAAGAAGGCGGAAGUUGACCAGUUAGUCAGAAGACAGGAGGUGCGGUCUCAGAUUUCUAAUCUUGGCCGUCGUGUCGUGUCUGACGCGCUUGAUAUCACGUUGCCUGGGAGCGUGGUGGGCUGGGUACCGGCGAGUACAGGCACGGUUGGUUUGGCUAUGUUUGUAACGACCAUAUUGACGAGUAUGGAUAUCUGGGAGAGGUGUGGGCGGGAGGUCGCUAAUAGCAGGAAGUGAAUGAGAUAGCUCGCAUUCUAUAUCAGAUAGAAAUCCCUAUUAAUAAUGUGACACAUACACGAAUCAACUCUUAG